AUGCACGAGGUUUUCCGGCCUUCAGCCGAAUCAGACGACGCCUACGACGCCUUUAAAGGCAUCGGAUGCGCUCCCAUUACCUCUUUACUUAACAAAUGGUCUGUUUUUCGGAUUAUUUUUCUCCGUAGCUUACUUUCUCCUCCACCGUUGGCGCGAAAAAAUCCGCAACUCCACCCCCUUCAUAUCCUCACUGUCCCUGAAAUCGCUGGGAUACUUUGUUUGGCUGCUUCGGUUAUUUAUCUUCUUGGUUUCUUUGGGGUUGGCAUUGUUCAAUCUUUUAUCUCUCGAGGGUCCCAGGAUUCUUGGGACGUGGAGGAAGAUAAUAAUGUUAUGAUCAAGAAAAACGGUGGUGGUUGUGCUGCAGAACCUUGUUCGGGUGCUGCAGCAUCGCUUGCCUGCACUAUUGCUCCGGUUUCGAUGGAAAAAGUCGUUACACCAAGGAUUCAAGAAACAUUGUUAUCCGGGGACGACGAGGAGAUUAUCGAAGGAGUGGUAUCUGGGACUAUUCCUUCAUAUUCUCUUGAAUCGAAGCUUGGAGAUUGCAAAAGGGCAGCUACUGUUCGGCGUGAAGCGCUUCAGAGGAUAACGGGGAGGUCUGUGGAGGGAUUGCCAUUAGAAGGGUUUGAUUAUGAGUCAAUAUUGGGGCAGUGUUGCGAGAUGCCUGUUGGGUAUGUGCAGAUUCCUGUGGGGAUUGCAGGACCAUUGUUGCUUGAUGGGAAGAAUUAUUCGGUCCCAAUGGCUACGACUGAGGGGUGCUUGGUGGCUUCUACAAAUAGAGGGUGCAAGGCUAUUUAUGCAUCAGGUGGGGCUAGCUCUGUGUUGCUUAGAGAUGGCAUGACUAGAGCUCCUGUUGUCAGGUUUGGGACUGCAAAAAGGGCUGCCGAGUUGAAGUUCUUUGUCGAGGAUCCUGCUAAUUUCGACACUCUUUCUGUUGUUUUCAACAGGUCAAGCAGAUUUGGAAAGCUACAAAACAUUAAAUGUGCAAUAGCAGGAAAGAAUUUGUACAUGAGGUUUAGUUGCAGCACAGGUGAUGCUAUGGGAAUGAACAUGGUCUCUAAAGGAGUCCAAAACGUCCUUGAUUAUCUUCAAACUGAUUUUCCUGACAUGGAGAUCAUUGGCAUCUCCGGCAACUUCUGUUCAGACAAGAAACCUGCAGCUGUAAACUGGAUUGAAGGGCGUGGAAAGUCCGUUGUAUGUGAGGCAAUCGUAAAGGAAGAGGUGGUUCAGAAUGUAUUGAAGACUAAUGUAGCCACCUUGGUGGAGCUUAACAUGCUUAAAAACCUUACAGGUUCAGCUAUGGCUGGUGCUCUUGGUGGGUUUAAUGCCCACGCCAGCAAUAUUGUUACUGCAGUCUACCUAGCCACAGGACAGGAUCCUGCUCAGAGUGUGGAGAGCUCUCAGUGCAUUACCAUGAUGGAAGCUGUUAAUGGUGGCAAGGACCUCCAUAUCUCAGUCACCAUGCCUUCCAUUGAGGUGGGAACAGUUGGAGGUGGCACCCAACUAGCAUCUCAGUCAGCUUGCUUGAACCUACUUGGAGUGAAGGGGGCUAGCAAAGAUUCCCCAGGAUCAAACUCAAGACUCUUGGCCACUAUCAUUGCUGGUUCUGUUUUGGCAGGGGAGCUGUCCCUUAUGUCUGCCAUUGCAGCUGGGCAGCUUGUCAAGAGCCACAUGAAAUACAAUAGAUCUAGCAAAGAUGUGUCAAAGAUUGCUUCCCAAAAUUGA